AUGGGUGGUUCCAAUUCGGCGGGAGACGGCGCGGCCGCCGACGCCGCCGGUACGGGUGGAUUAGAUGACGCGGCACAAUCGCAGAGCGCCGCCCUGAAGCUGGCCAAGACACGCAAGAGAUUCGACGCGCUCCGCGUUCUCGACGGGGGUCUGGCGACACAACUGGAAGGAGGGUACAAGUGCGACCUGAACAACAGCCUGUGGUCCACGCGCAUUUUGGAAAACGAACCGAAUCUGAUUUUCCAAGCGCACCGCGACUUUGUAAACGCCGGCGCGGACCUGCUCAUCACCUGCACCUACCAAACUUCGUUGCAGGGCUUUGCCCACGACGAGCAGCGCUUCGAGCGCAGCCUCGCAACUGCCGUUCGCGUUGCGCAAGAAGCGGCGGAUGCGGGUGGUGCGUUCCGCGGCGUGCUCGUCGCGGGGUCGCUGGGACCCUACGGAGCGGCGUUGGCCGGCGGCCAGGAGUACACUGGUAUAUACGAGUUGGAUGCGAAAACCGAAACAGCGUUUCUGGAAAAUUGGCACCUGCCGCGCGCAAAACUGCUCGCGCCGUGCGUGGAUUUGUUCGCCGGGGAGACCUGCCCCAAGAUUGCGGAAGCCAUCGCGCUCACAAACCUGUUCGCAAAGCUGAGAACGCCGGGGUAUGUGUCGUUUCAGUGCAAGUCCGGGCACGAGCUGGCGUCCGGAGAAACCAUCGCGGACGCCGUUGCGCGUCUGCACUUCAGCGACUACCUGCUCGGCAUUGGCGUGAACUGCACCAAAGUGGAGUUCGUGGAGAGCUUGAUUCAAGAAAUCGGCAGAGCACUGGACAAGCAGGAGCAAAGAAUGGCGCCGGUUUUGGGUAGCGAGAAAACGUUUGUCCGGCCAAGAAUUCUGGUCUACCCCAACAGCGGAGAGGAGUAUGAUGCGACCACGAAGACGUGGCACAUGCCAGAGUACUGCACCGAAGACGUCGCUACGACUUAUGUAGACUAUGCCCAUCGCUGGUUUGCCGCGGGCGCGCAGUGUGUCGGUGGUUGCUGCCGAGUGCUACCCUCGCACAUCAAAGCGGUCAGGGACAGCGAUGAUGGGGCGCAGAAAUCUCAAUAGAUGUUGAAACUGAUUUAUUAGGCUAUUGCUCGCGGUGAACAAAGAAUUGAGUCAUGAUCCAGAGUAUGACAACUAGAACUUCGCAAUCGAUAGAGAAAAUCUUGUGAGUUUCGAGACGAGAAUUGACAAUAUCAGCUGAUACAAGCACGGGUUCUCAACAUCACGCACCGUUUCCUUUUGUUGACUUUUUGCAGCGCCUGGACCGAUUUUUC